AUGCAGAAAUAUUUAUUACACCUUACAUAUAAACAACGACAGGAAAACUUUGUUCUUCGUAGGGAGUUAGAUAGUAGACGUGCUGCAGGAGAAACAGGGCUGGUUAUCAGUAGAGGGAAAAUAAUUAACAAACAUUCAACUAAUUUUACGAGAACCAAGUCUCAGGAUGUCCAUGCAGUAUCAAUGAUAACCAACCCUUUCGCUCCGGUGAAGACUAAGAUAUUGGAACCUAAUAAUGUUAAUAUUGUAGAAAGUACUGUAAAUAAGUUGAAAAUUUAUUAUACGAAUGCUGAUAGUUUACUAAAUAAGUUGGAUGAACUUUGUGUUGUUAUUGGGGAAAGCGAUCCUGAUAUUGUAAUUAUUACUGAAAUGUUUCCAAAGAAUUUUAAUGCUGAUGAGAUUCAUAUGUCUGAAUAUACUUUACCUGGUUAUGACUGUUGGUGUGGAACUAUUAAGAAGCAUUCUCGUGGUGUAGGGAUUUAUGCUAAACAUGGACUACCAAUUACCCCCUGUUCAGAAAUUAAUGAGCACUGCUUCAGAGAACAUGUAUGGUGUAAAGUUCAGUUAAAUAAUGGAAGUAACUUGUUACUAGGAGCUAUUUAUCGUAGCCCAAAUUCUGAUGAUGAUAACACUGAGUUGCUUUUUGAUCUUUUAAAUAACUGCUGUCUAACUUCAAACAGUAUUUGUAUUGUUGGAGAUUUUAAUUUUCCAACCAUCUGCUGGGAUAGUUGGACUACAUCAAGAAGUGAGAAUCAUAUAUCCUUUCAGUUUAUUGAAUGUGUUCGGGAUAAUUAUUUACAGCAAUUAUUAUCAAAACCUACCCGUUAUAGAAAUGGGCAGACUCCUAGGUUACUGGACUUGUUGUUUAUAGAUAAUGAGCAUAAUGCUGAGAAUAUUAUAUAUGGUAAUCCCAUUGGACUUAGUGAUCAUGUUUCUAUAAUGUUUGAAUUGAAGUAUUCUUAUUUCAUGAAUAAGAAUAAUGCUGUUCAUUAUAAUUUUUAUCGGGGUAGAUAUAAUGAAGCUAGAGUUAUACUUGGAAGUGUUGACUGGAGUAUUUUGGAGACCCUGGAUAUUAAUAAUGGAUGGAAUAUGUUUGAUGAGAAGAUGAAAAAUUGCAUUCAACGUGUGAUCCCAAUUUCUAAGUCUAUUGGUAGGAAAAAACCUUUAUGGAUGGAUAAUAAGGCACUGAGGGCUGUUAAAAAGAAAUACAAAUCUUGGAAAAGAUACACUUAUACUAGAAGUUACAAUGACUAUGCCACGUACUGUGGCGACAGAAAUAAGGCUUCAAGGGCAACAAGGUUUGCAAAAACUAGAUAUGAGCAAGGACUAGUGGAUUGUAUUGGUGAAAAUCCCAAAGAAUUUUAG